GGAUCGAGGAGUCUUGUAUUAUAGUUGGCCUGCUUGUUCCGAUGGAAAUGGAUCACCCAGCGUGCGCACACGCCUCCUUGGUUCGAUUUUGUGAACUGGGCUGAGGACGACUGCAACCCAUUUCAUCCCCGCCUGCCUCUUCAGCAUUAACGACGGGUCUCCGCCUUCUGCUCCAGCGCUAGUCCGAGGCGAAAAACCUCUUUUCCAGUUCCACCAUGGUUGUCUUCAGCUUCGCUACCCAACUCUGACGGGGUUCUAACCACUUUCAACCUAACUUCCACCUGGCCUGAACUGAGCCCUCAAGCCCUCGCCGCUGCCGGAGGGAACCGGUAAUUGGUGGCAUUCCAGGGGGAUUGCAAAAUACCUAUGACAGCCAUCUAAACAGUCGUUCAAAAUCAAUCCUUGGAUACCGAAAUGGAUCCUCAUGCUGAAGAAUUUCCUCAAUACAUCCAUAUAACGCAGAAUGAAUUUUUAAACAGAAGGCAUGUGAAGCAGAGGGAGGAGGAUAUUGCUAUAUGUGAAUGCAAAUAUAAUCCUAGCGACCCUGAUAGUGCAUGUGGGGAUGGCUGUCUUAAUGUACUGACCAGCUCUGAAUGCACCCCCGGCUAUUGCCCGUGUGGUGUCUUUUGCAAAAAUCAGAGAUUUCAGAAGUGUGAAUAUGCAAAAACAAAGUUGUUCAAAACUGAAGGCCGGGGAUGGGGUCUUUUGGCUGAUGAGAAUAUUAAGGCAGGCCAAUUUAUCAUCGAAUAUUGUGGAGAAGUAAUUUCAUGGAAAGAAGCCAAGCGAAGAGCCCAGGCUUAUGAAAUUCAAGGUCUUAAGGAUGCAUUCAUUAUUUGUCUUAACGCUUCUGAAUCCAUUGAUGCAACUAGAAAGGGAAGCCUUGGUAGAUUUAUAAAUCAUUCAUGUCAGCCAAAUUGUGAGACAAGGAAAUGGAAUGUCUUGGGUGAGAUAAGAGUUGGAAUAUUUGCAACACAAGAUAUACCUGUUGGAGCUGAACUGGCAUAUGAUUAUAAUUUUGAGUGGUUUGGUGGUGCAAAGGUUCGUUGCCUCUGUGGUGCAGCCAAAUGUUCCGGAUUCCUUGGAGCAAAAUCUCGUGGUUUUCAGGAAGAUACAUAUUUAUGGGAAGAUGAUGAUGAAAGGUACAGCGUUGAGAAAAUUCCAGUUUAUGACUCUGCAGAGGAUGAGCCUCUCUCAAAGGUCCUUAGAAACUUGCACCCUGACAUUCCUGGUAUGCAAGUUAAUGGGAAAAUUGAACACUCAACGGAUGUUGUCAUAAAACCUGAACAAUUAUCAGAGUCAACUGCUUUUGGCAUUCAGCCGCUUGGAUCGGUUCCAACGAAGGGUUUACAUGUCCAUCCGAUAAAGUCUGAGGUAGAAAGUAACGAUAUGAAAUUGUACCCUAGAGAUACUCAGCAGGCCUUUCCACAGAACAAUGCAAUGAUAUCACGAAUCAGAAGUAAUACUGCAGCCCGAAACUAUCGCAUUGGACCUAGGUCCAUACCUGCCAAAAAAUCAAAGAAAUAUAACGGAAGCAUUAAAAACAUCACACAGAAGCAAGUCGAUGUGAAGUCUGCUGCUGAAUCUUUAGCAUCAAAAGAAGCACAAGAGGAGAUUUUAAGAUAUGAGGAAAUGAAGAAUGAGGCAACCUGUGCUCUUGAUAACUUAUACAAUGAAAUACGACCAGCCAUUGAAGAACAUGAGAGGGACAGCCAAGACAGCGUAUCCACGAGUGUAGCAGAGAAGUGGAUUGAAGCUUGCUGUUUGAAAUUGAAGGCGGAGUUUGACGUUUACUCCUCCAUUGUCAAGAAUUUUGCCUGCACACCUCCCAAGCCUCGUGGCCUUCCAAAACCAUCUCCUCAAGUUGAUAAUGAAAACGAAAAUAACAAGCUCUUGACGAAUUGAUAUUCUUGUAUUCCAUCUCAUUCAUUCAUAAUUCGUAGGUUAUGAUUUUCCAAAUUGGGUGGAGGUACUCGGAGGAAAUUCCUUCUGGCCAUUUUGUAUGUUACAUUCAUAACACAACAGACCAAUUCAAAGAAUUUUCUCACGUGCAAUCCCCACAUGAUUCGGUGGAGGCGCUUGCUUUGAGAUUAUGUCCA